GGGAGUGCAUUGUUCUGGGAGUGGCAGGGGCCGCAUGGCCGUUGGCGGUGGUUCGAAUUCGAAAUAUGCACAUGGCAGCGCCCGUCCCUGCCAACGGCCACAAUGAUGGAAGUCGCUUCGCGACGCGAGCAGGACACAAAGCUUCGUUACAUGGCGGUGCAUCCACUACAAAUGGCUGGGUGUGUAGCCGAAGUCAGACACGUUGUCGUUUUGAACACUGCCGACGAUUGUGCUGGUCUUCAACUAUCCUCGCAUGUGUGCAUGGCAGACCUCAUCAGGAAGACUGUGCUGUUGGCAUUCGUCCUACUCGCUUUGCUCAUUGUCAUCCUGCUGCAACUGUGGCAGUUGUUGAGGCACAGCAGGGCUCCUCCGCGAAAGAAGGCAACGAAGAAGGAGGGCAGAGGAGCGAGGGCGAGGAAGGUGAUGGGUGACGACAGGCUUCCUGAGGGGCAGAUGUACGGGAUUGGGCCGGGGGUGCACACCGGGCUUCCUCGCGCAACGCGUCACCGAAUCGAUCCUGCGUUAUACGUCCAUCUGCCUUCUUACAUGCAGCCUUUGUCGGAUGAUGACGGAUGGGUGCCACCCCCUUCAGCCCUUCCUCUCGCGUGGGGGUCGACACAAACCUCUUACGAAAGCGCCCCUCGUUCGGAUGACCGUGGCGCUGGGAUGGGUCCGAUGUCCUCCCUCAUGGCGGAUCCGACGGGUGGUCGCCCGGAUCCUCUGCAACUGCAUUUGUCGCCGACGUGCACAAUGGAUGCCUCCACAACUGUUCUCGUUGAGCAUAGCACUCGUUCGCAAGGUGGGGUGUCCGUCACAAUGCACGACGAGCGCGAAGUCGGGCAAGCGGCAGAGCGGCCGCCGAUGUCAUCGUACGGGUGCGGGGGCAACUGUGGCGUGCUGCCGUCAUCGUCAGCUGCGGUGCGCUCACCUCUUCCUCGCACUCGUCCUGUAGGAAGGGUGACGACAGCGACUGCGGCGGAGUCCCCCCAGGUGAUAGAGAGGAUCAUACCGCGCUGUACGACGCUAUUCACGCGACGACGCUAUUCACGUGACGACGCUAUUCACGCGACGACGCCGAACAAUCAGGCCAUACACCCACCUAAUCUGCAUGACACAGGCGGACUUCAUCCCCAACAAUCGAAUGACGGAGAGGAGAGCCAAGCAAGAGGUCCGACAACUGCCGGGGAAACUUCCGCGAACGAUAAUAUGGAGAGGGAAACGGGGGAUGGGUAUGGCAGCAGGUCUUCGGGGGGCAUGCCUUCGGGGAAGCGGAAGAAUGCGCGGCAGCUGGCCUUCGAUGUUGUGACGGACGUGAUGAACACACAUUCAACGGUCAUGGCAGAUUCAGUGGAUCACGCUAGCAAGUGUCAAUGCGAAGUGCUGCAACGACAAUGUGACAUCAUGGAAAGGGAGGCGGCGACGCAGGAGAAACAAUGUGAAGUGCUAGACGUCGGUCAGCGCAUGCUAUGCGAUGCUUUGCUGAAGAUAGCUUCUGCAUUGCGUGGGAACUUCUAUGGCAGGGACUUCGGUUUCGAGAACGGGGUGACGAAACACGGAGUCCACCAUAACGAGGUCGACGCGGAUAGAGACACGUGCCUCCAUCUCACAAUCGGGUACGGAUUUGGCAAACGGCUCCUGCGACAAGUUGUCAUUUUCACGCGGAAGGUAGGCACGACCAUCCUCGAUUGCUGGGUUGGAGGUUCGAACGUGCUGACGGACAUCAUCGAUCUCUUGGUGUCCAAUGUGGCGAUGGGGUUUGAAGGUCGUCUCCAUGAACCGGCGAUGUACGUCGUCCACGCAGAACCGCCUUUUGUCGAUCUCUCAUAUUUGCAUGGCGAAGUGCGGAUCAUCGUCGACGAAUUUCACUGAGCUCAACGAUGGCGACCGUAG